AUGGCAUCAGAACAGGCAGCUCCACUACUAUGUGCAGCAAUAACAGUGUACAGCCCACUAAACCAUUUUGGGUUGAAAGAGAGUGGUCUAAGAGGAGCCAUAUUGGGGCUUGGAGGGGUUGGACACAUGGGUGUGAAGGUAGCAAAAGCAAUGGGCCAUCACAUAACUGUGAUAAGCUCUUCAGACAAGAAGAGAGAGGAGGCUCUGGGACACCUUGGUGCUGAUGAGUACCUGGUCAGUUCAGACAUGACUCGGAUGCAAGAGGCUGCUGACUCACUUGAUUAUAUCAUUGACACAGUGCCUGUCUUUCACCCUCUUGAGCCUUAUCUCUCUUUGUUGAAAGUUGAUGGAAAGUUGAUUUUGACUGGUGUUAUCAACACCCCACUGCAGUUUAUCACCCCUAUGGUUAUGCUUGGGAGGAAGACCAUCACAGGGACCUUCGUAGGGAGCAUGAAAGAAACAGAGGAAAUGCUUGAGUUCUGCAAGGAGAAGGACCUCACUUCCAUGAUUGAACUGGUGAAAAUGGAUUACAUCAGCACUGCUUUUGAGAGAUUGGAGAAGAACGAUGUCAGGUACCGGUUCGUCGUCGACGUCGCAGGCAGCAAGCUUGAUCAGUAA